UCACUUUCAGUCCGUCUUUGUUUUCUAUGGCGGAAACUGAACUACCUGAAGAUGUGACGGUGAAUAUUCUGUGUUGGCUGCCCGUAAAAUCCUUGAUCCGGUUCACCUCCGUCUCGAAACGAUGGCGUUUCAUCAUCUUGUCCGACCCCAAAUUCGCAUCAUCUCAAUUCAACGCAGCUCGUCAGCGGCGAACCUUCUGCACCGGCGCCCCUCAGCUCGAAUCCCUAGACGUGGAUGGCACGGCGUCGUUUGGACACCCUUCCUCCGUCAGAAAGCUAAGCCUCCCUCUCGAGCGACGGGGAAGCCGUGACGUCACCCUACUGGGCUCCUGCAACGGUUUGGUGUUUCUAGCCUUUGAUUCUUGUUACUUUUACAUCUGGAACCCGGCAACCCGAUUCUUCAGGGAGUUGCCCGACCCAGGUUUUCCCGACCACGUCUGUCAAGUGCUGACGUAUGGUGGUGUUGGGUACUUGUCUGCCACCGAAGACUACAAAGUUUUCGCAACCUCAUAUGGGUUGUAUCCAGAUGGAGACUCGUAUGUAGACACAGCACAGACUAAGAUGUUCUCCUACAGAGCUCACUUUUGGAAAACAGUACGAGGCUCAGCUCAUUACAAGUGCUUUGCUAAGGGGAUUCUUUUGAAUGAGGCACUUCAUUGGGCCAAGUCGAAUGAAAUCAUUGCUUUCGAUUUCGCACCUGAGAAGUUCAGGACAAUGCGUAUGCCUGAUGUAGACGACCAAAAUGAUGUUGCCUUUGGCUAUGUUGGGGUCUCUGAGGGAUGCCUGUGUGUAUGUGGUUAUCUGCGCGGCGGUCAUGACUCUGUUGAUUACUGGGUCAUGAGAGAAUAUGGCGUGGAUAGCUCGUGGACUAAGCUCUUUAACAUUUCCUCUGCCGGUCCUGGCCGGUACGGAGAUUGGUUGGUUAUGGAAAGCUGUACAGUUGCAGUAAAAGGGGCUAUUGGUUUCCACCACUGGUUGUUGGUAGAGAUUGAUCAUCAACAAAAAGCGGCGAAUGGCGUCUACACGGUUCCAGGCAUCAUUAACUGCUACCCUAGCAUGAUUCCAUAUGAGGACACUCUACUUCGGAUUAAUGAUUAGUCCUGAGUACCGGAGUUUCUGGAUGUACGAAAUGAUGGCUUCAUGAUCUAGUUGUGGUGUGGACCUGAUGAAAUGUAUGUUAAUGAUCUAGUUAGUGAUCAGAUUUCUCAAACUUUGGUUUUAGGAGCUAGGAGCUAUGGCUAGCUAUAUAUCUAUGUUAAUGGCUGUUACUCUGGAACAUACUUUCAUGUUUUCUUUCAGUUGAUAAGACGCUAUAAGAAUGUUUUAUUUGUCUUGUUGGAUUCACCUGGUAGACUUCUUUAUAUUGUGCUAAGAGGAAUGUACGUAGAUGAUCAGUAUUAUGUGUUGAUGUAACUAUACUUUUUAUAUAUUUCAAGUCAGUUGGGAU